CUACCUUUCACAAAUACACAGAAAAUUACAGUAACACUUCCAAUAACAUGAUGCCAAGCGUCGGACAAUAGCACCAACCGAAUAAAUCGAACAGCCAUUGCGCCGUGGGAGACACAGAGCCCAUCAACCCACCGCGUUCACCAGACCAACCACAACCAGUCGCAGAGGAAAUCCACUCAUUCCCAUCUCCUACCCAAAAUGCAGAGCCUUUGGUUGUUCACUUUGCUUGCAUUUCUAAACCUCUCCUUCCCCAAAGCCUCAUCGGCUUACAUUGGAAUUGGUGGUGGAGCUGGAGUCUGGAUCAAUGGGAGGGGUGUUACUGUGACCACCAGCCCCCAAGCCCCACCACCCAGCACCUCAGAUCCCAUCCCCAGCAGGGAGUACGCAGCCCUCCAAGCCUGGAAGUCGGCCAUAACAGAGGACCCAUCAGGGAUUCUGAGUUCCUGGGUUGGCCCUGAUGUGUGCUCCUAUAAAGGUAUCUUCUGCUCGGAUCCCCCGGAAGACAUGUCCUCAUCCGCUAUUACUAGUGUGGUGGCAGGCAUAGAUCUCAACCGUGCCAACUUCAAGGGAUCUCUGGUGAAGGAGCUCUCCCUCCUCACCCACCUCUCUAUCAUCCACCUCAACAGCAACAGAUUCUCAGGCACGGUCCCGGACUCAUUCAGAGAGUUCCAGUACCUCUCAGAGCUGGACCUCAGCAACAACCUCCUCUCAGGGCCUUUUCCAACCUCAACUCUCGUCGUCCCAAACCUCAAGUAUCUGGACCUCAGGUUCAACAGCUUCUCAGGGGAGGUCCCAGAUGAGGUCUUUGAGAAGGACCUGGAUGCCAUCUUCCUCAACAACAACCAGUUUGAAGGCCAGAUCCCCAUGAGCAUCUGGGGCGCUCCAGCCACUGUGAUCACCCUAGCUAACAACAAGUUCUCGGGGUCUCUUCCUGCUAGCUUUGGAUACACGGGUGCUGGGAUUAGAGAGAUCCUCUUCCUCAACAACAAGCUCACAGGCUGCAUUCCAGAGGGACUUGGGUAUCUAUCAGAGAUGGAGGUCUUGGACUUGAGCUUCAACUCGUUCGCAGGCCGCCUCCCAGGCUCUCUGUCGUGCCUCACUGGGAUCGAGGUCCUUAACAUAGCACACAACCAGCUAACAGGGGAGCUUUCUGACUUGGUAUGUGACUUGAAGAGCCUUGCAAACCUUACGGCGUCUUACAACUUCUUCUCUGGGUUCAGCCAGGACUGUGCAAAGCUCUUCUUCAAGAAUGCGGGGUUUGAUUUUGCUGGGAAUUGCAUCCCUGGGACGGGCAUGCAGAGGCCUCCAUCAGAGUGCAUGGAAGUGCCUGGGGGUGGGCUGAGCUGCCUGAGGAUCCCAACUACGAAGCCUGUGGCUUGUGCUGCAGGAGCCAUCAUGGGUCCGGGGGGAGCAAUGGUUGGGAUCCCGUUUAACUUGCCUGCGUCGCUGCCUUCCUCUGUGCCAUGAGCUGUGUGAAGACCGGACCGGACCGUGCGGUGGUUGAUCAUUAAGCGGCGGGCACGGUUCCUUCUCUUUUAUAUUUUUGGUGGCUUUAGAACGCUUUGACGUCCAAAUGAAGCUUAGGCAUGCGUCUAGACACUCUGGAUCCUAGCUUUUUUAGAAUUGAGUGUUUGUAUUAGUAUUUAAUAUAUUCCCAUUCAGAGUUGCUAAGACAAGAGUUCUCUUUUUUUUUAAUCCAAUUAAAGCCAAAAAGGAAGGAAUAAAGCAUCUGCUUCUUCUU